UGCAAGUGGCGGGGUGAGGGGGCGCCGAGAGCAGCCAUCGCGGAGCCUGAAGCGAGGGGCUGUUGCUGUGUCCAGGAUAAAACUCCCAGUGGCUUGCCGAUGGCCGGACCCGAGAAGGCGGUGCUAGACCUUCCUUGGAGAGAAGACGUCCAGGCCACCGCCACCAGGCCCAUCCUCCUGCCCAGCCUGAAGGGCAGCUGCUUUGACCAUCCCCUGUACCAGGGGCUUCCACACCCCACCCGGCGCCUCUGCAGUCCCACCUCUGCUCCAGCCCCCAAGUCGUCAAAAAAGCCCAAGAUGCAGGCCGCUGGGAACACGUUCCCCAAUGACUGGAGCCCGCCGCCUGUGGAGUUCCUGAACCUGAGGGUCCCAAAGGCCAACACGGGGGACCUAGCCCCAAGGCCUCGGGGCCUGAGGAGGCUGGCUCACCAGCACCCCGAGGUGUUAGAGCAGGAACCCCAGGACCUGGAUCGACUAGGAGGCCUGGCCUCACUGGAGGAGCCAUUCUGGACCAUGGCAGGGACCAGCCCAGAGGCUGCAACUCCUGGGAUGGGUGCCCACACCUCGCUCGCCUCUGGGAGCUCAGGGUGCUAUGUCAACAGCUUGGAUUACUUACUGCGGGAGAAGAGGGAGCAGGAGCAAGAGAAGCUACUUCUGGACUGUGCUGAUCUCAGAGCCUGGGGUCUUAAUGAAGACGAAGUGCUGCUCACACCUGAGCACAGGAAGCUGGUGGAGAGGUUCUCCGUGCCCCUGCAGGUCAUCCCAGCAGUGCAUCCGGGCGAGACCGUGUUUCUCCCCAGGCGCCACCCCGUGCCCUGCCUCCUGGACAGUUCACAGUUGAAGCCACGGAGCCCCCUGGAAAAGCUGUUCCUCAGGUGUCCCCUUUGUUUUGGAAAAACACAAGAUGGGGCAGACAUGCUCUGUGUAACCAGACCCAGACGCCAGCCCCACGCCGCCUGGUGGGUAAUCCUGUCCCCCGGCUGCAGCCGGGCUAAGAGCUCCUCACCAGCCCGGCAGCUCACCUUCCUGCGCCAGGGCCUCCUGAGCAGCAUCUACCUGCCCACAGGCGACCACCCCAUGCCCCUGCUCCGGUGGCUGUUACAGCUGCUGACAUGGCCUCCAGAAACUUCUUCAAGAGCCUUUGGUCUCCUGUGGGACCUCAGCCUGGAUGGGCUCUUUCGUCAGUCCGGUGGGGACACAAGCCUGUGGUGCCCCUCACUGCAAGAGAUCUCGGCCACGUUCCACAGCCUCGGAGCCCGCAGCCCUGCUCUGCAGCCCCUGGGGCCCACACAGCACGCUGGGAGCGAGGCCAGCCGGAGCCGCAGGGAACAGCAGGACACCCUCCAGGAGACGGCCUUGGACAGCAGCCUGAACUACAUCUGCAAGUUCCUGACACUGUGCGCGCUGGCCCAGCCGGGGGCCUACACCGACCAGGACCUUCUGGACCUGAUUGAGCUGCUGUGCCGUGCUGGCCUGGACACCAGACUCCGCCUGCUGCCGAGGACCGACCUCCAGCAGCUCCUGCUGCAGCUCCUGGAGAACAUCCGCGAGUGGCCGGAAAAGCUCCGGCAGCUGUGCUGGGCCCUGAGCCGAGCGUCUGGUCACCACCACAACCUGCUGGCACUCGUGCAGCUCUUCCUGGACGUGAGCCCCCGGAGCAGGCAGCUUCGAGGCCAGCUCAGCCUCCUGGUCAUGGCGCGGCUGCUGAACCAGCAAGAGAGGCUCCCUCUCUGGCAGGAGAAGGCCCAGCUGUCCUCACUCUGCCAGCUCCUGGGCCUCAUGAGGCCAUCAUCCCUGAGGCGGUACCUGGGCCCUGAGACCGUGCUGCCUGGCCAGGAGCAACAGCCAAAAGCCAGUGCCCAGCUUGACCACAAGGUCUGCUACCUGUGCCACAGCCUCCUGACCCUGGCCGGGGUGGUGGUCAGCUGCCAGGACAUUACUCCAGACCAGUGGGGAGAGCUGCAGCUGCUCUGCGUGCAGCUGGACCGCCAUAUCAACACCCAUAUCCGGGAGAGCCCCCAGGCCAUGUACCGGACCACACUCAAGGACCUGGCUGCCCAGACCCACAUCCGCUGGCAGGAGCUGCUGGCACACUGCCAGCCCCAGGCCCAGUACUUCAGCCUCUGGGAAGACGUCUAGUGGAGCAGGGCAAGAGUGGCCCAGCGCUCCUGGCUCUGGCAAGAAGCGAACACGGCCUAGGUAACUGGAGGCAUGAAGAAUGGGGGCCGGGGGAAGACCAAGCAGUGGAAGCAAGCGCCUGCCUCCCCCACUGCCCUGAGGCCGGCUGGGCAAGGGUUCUGCCUCUCACGUCUCCAGCCCUUCCCCAUGUCUCCACUCCCCAAGGCCAUAGUCUCCAAAACUCUGGUUUCCCCGGGCCUCCCGAGGCCUGCAGCCACCCUCCUCCCCACCCUCCUCCACCUCUCUGUGUCCCUCGUAUGAGGGUUCUGGGUGCUCACUACAGCCUCAGCAUCAGUGGUUUAGAAGAGUCCCCCCAGCCCCUUACUGAGGGCUGUGCCCAGCGUCCGGUUUCCUGAUUCCGCUUGUGCUUUGCAGAAUUCUCACCCGGAGCCAGUUGUCUGACUGGGUCUUAGGCCCCAGCCUGCCCCCUGCAGCAGAGGACUGUUUAUUAAACCUUCAGGGUUUAUGAACAGUCUUGGCUAUGGCCUGAAUGCUGUCAGAAACCCCGGGAGCAGGGGUGGGGAGCAUCAGUUUGGACCAGUCUGAAACCAUCCCCCUGCCGCCACUGGGGAAGAGCCAUGGGGUGAAAUGGUAGAUGAGGCCUGUAAUUACCCUUAAUUCGGUUUAUUGUUGAGCUCUGAAAUCAACUCCCAGACUUAGGAGUUGGGAGCGGGGGUGGUUAGUUCCCAAUACUUUUUGUUUUCUCUUGGCCUUACCCACGAUCAGGUUUUGUGGGCCCUGAUCCCUGAAGGGGUGCUAGAUGUCUUCAACCUGCUCCCUUUGAGAGCAGGUAUCCUUCGGUACUCCCAGGAUAUCCAUGGGUAUCACUUUCUCUCUCUGUCCUGAGAAUCCGUUGCUAGUCCCUGGCCCUUCCUGAGCCUUUCUAGGUUGAAGGGGUUUUGCAGGGGCCACAGGGGUUGGAGAGGAAGAACCAGAGGUUGGACCCUGCGCACUGGGCCCGUGCCCGUGAUCAGCUCAGCCCCUAGCAUCUGCCAGCGUUCACCACGGCUGUGCUUGUGACUUUUUCUGUUUAUUUGUCCCUCUCCUUUGUUCUGUCAUGCCAAGUUAAGGCCGGUUAAGUAGGAGAGAUACUCCCCCAAAAUAAAGGACCUUCCAGUU